CAGCAGAUAGUAGUGUCUAACAGACAGACUGUGGGUGACAGAAGAAAAAUAUUUUGUUACAGCGCAUUUCCUAACUACAAACCUUCUAAUUCGAACUAUGGAUUCUUUCCGAUUUUUCCCUCCUUGUGUUGUCACUCUUGUAUCAGCUUCUCUAGUCUUAACACUGGCGAGUGCUAUGCCAAGUCCUCAACAGGAUUCAAGAUUUCUUGGGUUCGGUCUUCCUCAGACGAAUCCUAACCAGGGUCUUCAGAAUACCCUGGCCGGCGCAGGGCUGGGCGGGGUGGGCGCAGUUGCCGCAACUCAAUGUAUCUUUGGACGGAACUGUGAUCUCUCCUUCAGACCUAGCUUAGGAGCUGCUAUUGAUGCUAAUGGACAAUUUGUUCCUCAACUUGGCAUAACAACUCAGGUUGGUAACGGUCCUAUUGCACCAACCUUUACCGGUGGUCUCCAGUUAGACGGGAAUUCCCAGAAUGGAAUCGGUGGAUUUGUUGCUGGAGGAGUCAAUAAUGGAAAUCCUAACUCAUUUAGUCCUGGUGUUCAAACUGGUUUUGGGUUCAGUCAGGGACAGAACGGACAAACCCAGGCUACAGCUCAGCUAGGAGGAAACAUUCAAACUCCUCAGCUUGGUGGAAUCAACUUUGGAGCUCAGAACAGACCCGGAAACAUUGGUGGAGUUCAACCUACAUUCUUGAACAGACCGUUUCUUAACUUUUUUGGCAAAUAGAGCUUAGAGUUUGGUUGUCCUCAUCUGGUGGGAGGAUGAAGGGGAGGCUGUGUGUAGAGGAUGCACAACUAUCAAAACACACGCCGGACUGUCUUUCUAAAUCUUUAUUUAUCUUUUAAUAUUUAUCUUCUAUAUAUAUAUUAGUGAAAUAAAACAAAAUUUUAAUAUGA